CUCCUGAUCCCCGCUGAUGCCGAGUGGGUCCUUACGGGACCAGGGCGAUUCCUGAUGCCCCCCGGUGAUCAUCCCCCCGGCCCAGGGCUGGAUCCCCCCUGCCGGUGCCCCUCACCAAAGCCAGGUCUCCCCCACACACACCCUGAUCCCCGCUGGGAUCUGCCCCAGGCCUGGAUUCCUCAGGGACCCCUGCAGGCCUUGCUGCCCCCCACAGGAUACCCUGAAGCCCUGGGUCCCCCCACAGAUGCCUCUCACUGGCUCAGCCCCUGGGAUCUGGGGGGAUCCUUCCCCUAGAGCCCCCUGUUUUGUCCUUCCCAAAUGGGUGUUCCCUGAGCCCCCCUGGAUCCUGGAUAGGAUCUCACUGGGUCUGUGGUGUCUGCGCCUUUGAGAACCCCUUUUUUGGGGAUGACCCCCUCUUGGGAUAUCCCUUGGAGCCUUGUUGGCUCUGAGCCCCCCAACCCCCUUCUCUGGGUCUGUGGAUCCCUCACACCUCACCUCAGAGAGAUCCCCUGAACCAUUUUCCUCUUGGAUCUGUGGCGAUCUCCCCUGGAUUCUGCCCCCACCCCCAGGCAUGCCCCCUGACCCCAUUUUCCGUGCACAUAUCCCUUUUUUUUCUCUUCCUCCAUGCACCCCCUCCCCAAGGUCCCCCCUAAACCUCAGCACCCCAUUUAUCGGAAAGAUGGACACACAGACACCCGGGCCAGGCCCCCUGCUCCCCCUGGGGCUGGGGGGGUCACUGUGGCGUGGGGGGUGCCUAGCAGGGGUCUCCUUUUGCUUGCAGAGCCAAGCAGGAACAAUCUCCGUAGCACGCAAGGGAACCGGCGGCAACUGUCCUGGGCACAGGCAGGUGGAGGAUGAACGGCGAAGCCGAGUGCCCUGCAGACUUGGAAAUGACAGCUCCCAAAAACCAAGACCGCUGGUCACAGGAGGACAUGCUGACUCUGCUGGAGUGCAUGAAGAAUAACCUGCCCUCCAAUGACGGGAGCAAGUUCAAAACCACCGAGUCCCACCUGGAUUGGGAGAAAGUAGCUUUCAAGGACUUCUCGGGGGAGAUGUGCAAGAUGAAGUGGAUGGAGAUUUCUAAUGAGGUGAGGAAGUUUCGCACCCUCACAGAGCUUAUUAUGGAUGCUGAAGAGCACGUGAAGAAUCCUUAUAAGGGCAAGAAGCUCAAGAAACACCCUGACUUCCCCAAGAAGCCCCUGACUCCCUAUUUCCGCUUCUUCAUGGAGAAGCGGGCCAAAUACGCCAAGCUUCACCCUGAAAUGAGCAACCUGGAUCUCACCAAGAUCCUGUCCAAGAAAUACAAGGAGCUUCCUGAGAAGAAAAAGAUGAAAUACAUCCAGGACUUCCAGCGAGAGAAGCAGGAGUUUGAGAGGAACCUGGCAAGGUUCAGGGAAGAUCACCCGGAUCUCAUCCAGAACACCAAGAAAUCUGACAUCCCUGAAAAACCCAAGACCCCCCAGCAGCUGUGGUACAACCAUGAGAAGAAGAUCUACUUGAAAGUGCGUCCAGAUGCCACCACGAAGGAGGUGAAAGAGUCGCUGGGCAAGCAGUGGUCUCAACUCUCGGAUAAAAAGAGGCUGAAAUGGAUUCAUAAGGCCCUGGAACAGCGGAAGGAGUACGAGGAGAUCAUGCGUGACUACAUCCAGAAGCACCCUGAGCUGAACAUCAGCGAGGAGGGCAUCACCCGCUCCACCCUCACCAAGGCUGAGCGCCAACUCAAGGACAAAUUUGAUGGACGACCCACAAAGCCACCUCCGAACAGCUACUCCCUGUACUGUGCAGAGCUGAUGGCCAACAUGAAAGACGUGCCCAGCACCGAGCGGAUGGUGCUGUGCAGCCAGCAGUGGAAACUGCUCUCCCAAAAGGAAAAGGACGCCUACCACAAAAAGUGUGAUCAGAAAAAGAAAGACUAUGAGAUUGAGCUGCUCCGCUUCCUAGAGAGCCUGCCUGAGGAGGAGCAGCAGCGGGUGCUAGGCGAGGAGAAGAUGCUGGGCAGCAACCGGAAAGGAGCGACAAGUCCUGCAUCCAAAAAGUCCUCACCAGAGACUGGCAAGGCCAGCUCAGAGAAGCCCAAACGGCCCAUCUCUGCAAUGUUCAUCUUUUCGGAGGAGAAGCGGAAGCAGCUGCAGGAGGAGCGGCCAGAGCUGUCAGAGAGUGAGCUCACCCGGCUCCUGGCCCGCAUGUGGAAUGACCUCUCCGAGAAGAAGAAGGCCAAGUACAAAGCGCGAGAGGCGGCGAUGAAGGCGCAGUCAGAGAAGAAGCACAGCUCAGAUAAAGAGGAGCGUGGGAAGCUGCCUGAAUCUCCCAAGACAGCCGAGGAGAUCUGGCAACAGAGCGUCAUUGGAGACUACCUGGCUCGUUUCAAGAAUGACCGGGGGAAGGCUCUGAAGGCCAUGGAAGCCACUUGGAACAACAUGGAGAAGAAAGAGAAGCUGAUGUGGAUCAAGAAAGCAGCAGAGGAUCAAAAGCGAUACGAGAGGGAGCUGAGCGAGAUGCGGGCCCCUCCGUGCUCUACCAACUCAGCCAAGAAAAUGAAGUUCCAAGGAGAGCCGAAGAAGCCCCCGAUGAACGGUUACCAGAAAUUCUCUCAGGAGCUGCUGUCGAACGGAGAGCUGAACCACCUCCCGCUGAAGGAGCGGAUGGUGGAGAUCGGCAGCCGCUGGCAGCGCAUCUCCCAGGGCCAGAAGGACCACUACAAAAAACUGGCAGAGGAGCAGCAGAAGCAGUACAAGGUGCACCUCGAAAUCUGGCUCAAGAGCCUCUCGCCCCAGGAGCGUGCUGCCUACAAGGAACACACUUCCAACAAACGCAAGAGCAUAGGGAAGAUCCGGGGCCCCAACCCCAAGAUGAAGCCUACGAUGCAGUCCAAGUCGGAGUCAGAAGAUGAUGACGAGGAGGAAGAGGAGGAGGAAGAUGACGAUGAAGAUGAGGAUGAUGAUGAUGACAAUGGCGACUCCUCAGAGGAAGGCGGUGACUCCUCAGAGUCCAGCAGCGAGGAGGAGAGUGAGGACGGGGAUGAGUGUGAAUGCCGAGUAAGUCACCAGAGUCAAAGCUUUACACCGGUGCAACUGAAAUCAGAGUAUGCUGGAUGGUGCUGGGGGCAGAAACCGUGUCCGUGCCUUGUGCUCGCCACCGGACAGAACGAUGAGGAUGAUGAAGAUGAGGAUGAUGAGGAUGAGGACGACAACGACUCGGAGGGCAGCAGCAGCUCUUCCUCCUCCUCGGGGGACUCCUCCGACUCCGACUCCAACUGAUCCAGCCAAGCUCUUAGUAACAGCGACUGAUUUCUCGGUUUCGGCCCCAAAUCCCCCUCACCUCCUAGACCCUUACUCCUCUUCUCCCGCCGCUCCCCGAAGCUGCAGCCCCUGCAGGGGCCGCCGGGGCCUCUCUGCCGAGCUCACCCGAUGGGGGGAGCUGGGGGCCGCUCCCCUCCUGGGCCAGCAGAGAGGAGGGGAUGACCCCCCAGUGCCUCGCAGACCCCUUUCCUCCCUUUCCCGAGGGAGGGGAAGCGAUUCCUUUGGGUUUUUUUGGAGAUUUUGUUAUUCUCAGAGGGUCUCCGUGUCCUUGCCCCCUCCGUACCCUUGCUGCCAGCUCUGGACUUUGUAGAAGGCAGAAAAAACCACACAGGAAAAAAAAAAAAAUCCCCUCCCCCUUUUUUUUAUUAAAAAAAACGCAAAUGAAAAAAAAAAAACAACACUAUAUCCCCACGCAGACCCUCCUGGCGCGGAGCAUGAGGCGAGCUGCUCAGGACUCAGCCGCUGGGAUGAUGCUGCCCCCCUUCCCGCGCACCCCUGGGGGGACCCCCCCCACCCCUGUACAGUCUGGACCCUCACCAGGAUCUUGCACUGGGGUCUCGCACUGGGAUCUUGCCACAGCACCCAGGAGCACCGGCCUUGGAGCUGGGGGGCCGGGGGCUGUGUGUGUGUGCGAGUGAGUGUGCCGGGGCGGGGGGCACGCGGAUGCCCCUGCCGUGGCCCCCGCUGUUUUGGUGGUUGUUGUGCCGUUGUAUUUUAUUUUAUUCCUUUUUUUUUUUUCCUUUUUAUAAAACAUGAAAGAUCCAUCUUUUAUUUUUUCUUUCCCCCUCUCGCCCCCAUUUUCCUACCCCACCAGUGAAGCUGCUCUUCUCCCUUCACCCCAAACCCUGGGGCGACCAGUGCUCCCCCUGCUCCCUGUUCCCCCGUUCCCACCUCCCGGGUGGUUCUCCUCCCCCUCUUGCUGUAAAUAUUGGUGCAGUUUGGGUUGAUUCUGGGGGAGUCGAUGCCCCCCUAUCCCAAGAGGGGGAUGGGGCCACGGGGACUGGGGUGGGCACGUGGGGGACCUGGCGGCACCUUUUGGGCCCCCCUUCCCCGAUUUUUUAAGCAGACACGAGCACCAGCAAUCCCAGGCCCCUCCCUGCAGGGUCCCUAUCCCCCGACGUUGUCCCCCGCCAAACACCUAAUGUGAGUGGGACCCCCCCAGACCUUGAUCUGUUUGCAGGGGCACAGGGUUCGUUCCUUCUGUUCUCCCCCAUCCUGUCCCUGGAGAGGAGCUGGGCUGGGGGACAGGGCUCGGGGGGGUCAGGGUGUCCUUUUUCUCUCAUGUGCUUUAAUUUAGCCAUUUCCCUCUUCACCCAAAUCUCAGCGGAUGGCUGGGAGGGGCGAGGCGGACACCAAGCUGCAGGUUUGGGGGUUCUGGCUGCAAAAGGGAGGGCUCCACUCUCCCAGCUGUGACCCCCCCCCCGGGUUUGCUGUUCUCAGCGCCCUAAAUCCAGCCCUCCCCAAAGGACCUCGAGUUACCCCAAAACAUGCAUGGGGACCCCUCAGUGCUGGGUGGGGCAACACCCCCUCUCUCACAGCCUCAAAUUGGGCUGAAAAACUACCGGUUUGGGGACAUUGAGCUAGGUGCCCCCGCAUGGACAAUCCCCCUGGGACCUCCCCCCCCCACCCCCCGUGUCCGUCUGUCUGUCCCUCCGUGUCCCACCUCUCCCAUUUGGAAUUUUCCUUUCAUUUCCCUCCUGGUUUUUGCCCCCCCCGAGGGUUUCCUGUCCCUUUUUUCUGCUGAAUGUGCCCAGCACCCUCGUGUUUUAGUGGAUGUGUUUUUAGUACAAAAAGAAAAGACAAAAAACCCCACCCUUUUUUUUUUUCCGUUUUAAAAAUAAUAAUAAUUAAAAAAAAAUAAUAAAAAUGAAAAAUUCUUACAGCGCCGACAAUUGGGGGAAAAGGCGUUUGCGCUGCAAGAGAUUGAACCUGAGUGCAUUUUGGCACUGCCACAAAACCCCGGGAUCCUCUAGGUGGAAGUCCUUGUGAAUUACAUUGA